AUGGCCGCCGGCGGAGAGCCCUCCCCCUCCCCCGUGUCCCCCGCAUCCCCCACCAAGCACUCUCGCUCGCCCGACGACGCCCAGCCCGACGCAUCCCCGAAGCGCCGCAAGCGCCACCAUCACCGCCGCCACCACCACCACCGUCGGCACCGUCACGCCGAUUCCCCGGUACCCGUGGCAGCUGACGAAGAGGUAGAGGAGGGGGAGAUACUCGACGAUGCCGCCGCCGCCGCCUCUGCCAUGGAGGUCGAUCCUGAGUCCGCCGCCCCACAGGCUUCCCUUGCUCCGGAGCACUUUGGUAAUGGUGCUGAUACAGACACAGACACAUAUGCAACAAAGAUGCAAGCUCCUGCUCCGCCUACCCUUCCAUCCUCAAAAGAUGGAAGGAGGUCAUUAAACGGUGCCCCUGAGUCUGAAAGCGGAGGUAUCCUUUCAAGUGAUGCUGAGGAUAACAAAGGGCAUGAACGAAGGCAAAGCCAAAGCCGUUCGAAAUCUCCAAAGCCCAGAAGGGAGAAGGAAAGGAGGCACAAAGAUGACCGUCACUCUUCAUCUUCAAAAGAUUAUCAUUCCAAAAAUCACUCUAGAACAUCUCCUUACUCAAGGCAUCAAAGUGAAGCUCAUUCAAGAGAUCAGCACUUGAGAUCUAGAGAGAGAGGUGAUGACACUAAUGGUUCUCGUGCAAGUCUUAGGGAUGGUUCUGAUCGUGAGAGCAAUGAUCGGAAUGGGAAGUCUGGCAGACAUAUGGCUAGGAUCCAGGAGAGUGAAAGAGAAAGGAGCAGCAGCCGUGGUAUUCAUGAUAGACAUGGUGAUAGGCAUAGUGACAGACGUGGCAGCCAGGAAAGGUAUAGAGACGAUAGGAUAGAUAGAGACAAAAUUGAUUCACUAGAAGCUACUCGUAGACACAGAGAAAGAAGCAGGAGUCAUAGUAGAUCGGAUCUAAGGGAAAGUACGCGUCUUCGUGAUCAAAGCCGGGAGAGGGAAAGACGGAGUGGUAGUUCAAGGCAUAGGGAUCAUGACAGCAAGAGGGAUACAAGUAAAGAUCGGCAUAGAGAAUCUGACAGGGUUAGCAGUGCACAUGAAAGGGUGAGAGGGAGAGAUGCUAGGGACAGGGAAUGGCACAGGGUCAAGGGAAGUGAAACUCAUAGAGCCAAGGAAGGACGGGACAAAGUUAGCGAUAGUGAUAGGCACAGGGAUUCAACACGCUCAAAAUAUAGUGUGUCUGAUGGUUACAAAGAGAGGACAAGAUCUGGGGAGAAAGGUAGAGAUGUUGACCAUGUCCAUAAAAACCGAAAGUUUGAAGAAAUGAAGGAAAAUUCUCUCAAGGAGGAAGAUGAAGAGGAGUACCAAGAGAAAAUAGAACAGCAGUUAGCAAUGCAGGAGGAAGACGACCCUGAAAAAAUUAAAGAGGAAGCAAGGAGGAGGAAAGAAGCUAUCAUGGCGAAGUACAGGCAGCAGCAAUCGCAGAAGCAGGAUAUGGAAUCUAAACCAAGUAGCAGUGAUGAAGAAGUAAGAGCAAUGGAUGGAAAUGAAACUACACAUCAGAAAGAUGAUAACGAUAGCAGCUCUAUGGGCAAUGACGAAUCUGAAAAUAAGCAUGAUUCUUCAGAGGUAUUUGAUGGCAAAACAGACUUUACUGUGGGAAAGUCUCCUGCUCACAAUGAUGCUUCAACUAGUGUGGGAGCAUUCACUGAUGAGAGGACAAUAGGUGUUUCAGGUCUUGGAGAGGGUUCUCCCAAGAGUGAGAGAUCAGCAGACAUGUUUUGUGAUGACAUUUUUGGAGAAUCACCUGCGGGAAUUAGAAAAUCGGGCAAGGAUGAUGGUUUGCAUAUUGAGAGAAAUGCUCUUCAUGACAACUGGGAUGAUGCAGAUGGGUACUACACUUACCGGUUUGGAGAAUUGCUGGAUGGCCGUUAUGAAAUCAUAGCAGCACAUGGGAAGGGUGUGUUCUCAACAGUUGUGCGGGCAAAAGAUCUUAAAGCGAGUAAAGAUGAUCCUGAAGAAGUUGCUAUCAAAAUUAUUCGCAACAAUGAGACAAUGUACAAGGCUGGUAAGCAAGAGGUUUCAAUAUUGGAAAAACUUGCAAGUGCGGACCGUGAGGACAAACGCCACUGCGUGCGGUUUAUUUCUAGUUUCAUGUACCGGAACCAUCUUUGCUUAGUUUUUGAAUCUCUCAAUAUGAAUCUUCGUGAGGUUUUAAAGAAAUUUGGUCGUAAUAUUGGGCUUAAACUGACUGCGGUGAGGGCAUAUUCAAAGCAGCUUUUCAUCGCCCUGAAGCACCUGAAGAACUGCAAAGUUUUGCACUGCGAUAUAAAACCAGAUAAUAUGCUGGUGAAUGAGGCUAAGAAUGUGCUCAAGCUAUGUGAUUUUGGCAAUGCUAUGCUUGCUGGUAUGAAUGAAGUUACUCCUUAUCUUGUCAGCCGUUUCUAUCGGGCACCUGAGAUCAUUCUUGGGUUAGCCUAUGACCACCCUUUAGACAUGUGGUCAGUUGGCUGCUGUCUAUAUGAGCUUUAUACCGGGAAAGUCUUAUUUCCUGGUCCAUCAAAUAAUGCCAUGCUUCGGCUUCAUAUGGAAUUGAAGGGUCCAUUCCCUAAGAAGAUGCUUCGCAAGGGUGCCUUUACGAUGCAACACUUCGAUCAAGAUCUCAAUUUUCAUGCUACCGAGGAGGAUCCUGUGACAAAAACGGCUGUGAGAAGGUUAAUUUUGAACAUUAAACCAAAGGAUGUUAAGGAUGUUGGUUCUUUGAUUUCGAACUCUCCCGGCGAGGAUCCAAAAAUGCUAUCCAGUUUUAAAGAUCUUCUUGAUAAAAUAUUUAUCUUAGAUCCAGAAAAGAGGAUAACUGUAUCACAAGCACUUAGCCAUCCAUUUAUUACUGGCAAGUGA